GCCGCUGUUGAAGUAUCGCCAACAAAUUCUCCCGGCCCGCACCCGGCGGAUCGGCUCGAGGGUGCUCCCCCACUCUCGCGUCGAUCCCGGCGGCGUCCCGCGCGCGCGAUGGACCUGUUGACGUCGGCGGUGAGGAGAUGCUGCAGCGCCAGGACGCUCCUCCGCGGCCCGUGCACCUGCCGCUGCCCGUCCGGCGCGUGCCGGCAGUGCGGUGUCCGUGGCAAGGAGGAAGCGUCGACGUCGUCGUCGGCCUCCGCGCCGGAUAAGAAGAGGUCGAGGAAGAAGCGGUUCUGGAGGAAGAAGAAGAAGGCCAAGGAGUACUACGGCGACGCCGCCACCGCCGAUGCCGACGGCGAGCACGCCAGCAGGCGCAACGACAACGAGGCCGUCGCCGACCUCGUGAACGACAUCUCGUCGAAGUCAGAUGUGUGCAACGUGUACGCGGCAGAGGGGAUUCUACGGAUCACCCACCAGAACAUCCCCAGCAGGGUGCUCAAGUACGGGCAACUGUGCAACGCGACCGACUCCUUCAGCCCGAACAACCUGCUCGGGGAAGGCGGCUUUGGAAGGGUGUACAGAGGCCACCUCCAAGAGACCAACGAGAUCGUAGCCGUCAAGCAGCUGGACAAGAACGGGUUCCAGGGGAACCGCGAGUUCCUGGUCGAGGUGCUGAUGCUCAGCCUCCUGUACCACCCCAACCUCGUCAAGCUGCUCGGCUACUGCAUCGACUGCGACCAGAGAAUCCUCGUCUACGAGUGCAUGCAAAACGGCUCGCUGGAGGACCAUCUCCUAGAUCUCUCCCCAAAGGCGAAGCCUCUGUCGUGGCAAACGAGGAUGAAGAUCGCGGUGGGCGCGGCGAAGGGGAUCGAGUACCUGCACGAGGUGGCCAACCCGCCGGUGAUCUACCGUGACCUCAAGACGUCCAACAUCCUCCUGGACGAGGACUUCAACGGCAAGCUGUCCGACUUCGGCCUCGCCAAGCUCGGCCCCGUCGGCGACAAGAGCCACGUCAGCACGCGGGUCAUGGGCACGUACGGCUACUGCGCCCCGGAGUACGCCAUGACCGGCAAGCUCACCAAGACGUCGGACAUCUACAGCUUCGGCGUCGUGCUGCUGGAGAUCAUCACCGGCCGGCGCGCGAUCGACACCGCGAGGCCGACGAACGAGCAGGUUCUUGUCCAUUGGGCGGCGCCUCGCGUCAAAGACAAGAAGAGAUUCAUGACCCUGGCUGACCCAUUGCUGGAGAAGAAAUUCCCCGUCAAGGGGCUCUACCAAGCUCUCGCGAUCGCCUCCAUGUGCUUGCAGGAGGAUGCCAGCUGCCGGCCGAUGAUCAGCGACGUCGUCGCGGCACUCUCGUUUCUUGCCGAGCAGAAGUAUCACCCCCAAGAAGACACGGAUCAGGCCGCCCGCAAGAACAGAGACAGAAACAGUAGCAAUCCUCCCAGGACAGAUAUGGUUUCAGAGAUCAAGGCAGACGAUGAAAUCAAGCAGAGGUGACCAUAGGGGAAUAAUGGGAAAGGGAGGAGCUGAACAACUGUGUGCUCUCUUGAAUUUCUUGUGUAAUGUACACCACAUAGGCAGGAUGUAACAGCAACAAGUCGAUCUUGACUGGUACUUCGGUCUGUUCGUCAGGGUUCA